AUGUCCCCCCCUUCGGACGAGGCAUGCGCCAACCCGCUUCUCCUCAGCUGGGUCAAGGAAUGGCUUGACGUCGCUCGCGAGCGCAACUCCAAAGGCAUCACGACAUACAACAAUGCCUACAAGUCGCUCAGGGUGUGCCCCAUCACCUUCACGCACCCAUGUCAGCUCCAGCAGCUCAAGGGCUUCGGGCCCACCCUCUGCAACCGGCUCACAGAGAAGAUGAAGAAGCAUUGCGAAGAAAACGGCAUGCCUAUGCCUAGGAAAACACUGAGAAAUUCAGCCACCGCCGGUGUCAACGGGGACGACGUUGAAGAGGAGGAGGAUGGCGACGGCAGACCACCCCCCGCCAAGAAGCCCAAGAAGACCAAACCCUAUGUGCCCCAGCUCAGAUCCGGACCGUACGCAAUCAUCAUGGGCCUGUCGGAACACAGAGCCGCGGGAAUGACCGGGCUAAGCAAGGAACAGUUGAUCGAGGUAGCCCAACCCCAUUGCGACGCCUCCUUCACAGUUCCGGCACAGGCCAAUAGCUUCUUCACGGCCUGGAACUCGAUGAAGACCUUGAUCAACAAGGAGAUUGUUAUCGAGAAAAGGGGCGGUCCCUCACGGAAGUUCUAUGUGCUCACCGAUCUCGGCUUUGAAAUCGCGAGCAACGUGAAGAAAGCCACAGACCCUGCAGCUGCAUCGGAGCCUUCUGCGCCAACAGCUCCCAGGAGACCCGAUGCCCCAAGACCACCAGAGAUUGGCCUUGACGAUGAACAAGAUGUCGACGCACUGCUAACGCGUGGCGAAAGAUCACCUUCCACCGAACUCCACCACCAACCCCCAAAGUCGUCUCAAUCCGUCUUCGCAGAUGUAGUCAAGGAUGGAGACGCUUCCUCGGACCCUGCAGCCCUCCCUAACUUCCGUCCUAUUCGCCUACAACCUGGCAGCUUCACAGUACAUCUAGUUUUGGACACCAGAGAGAUUCGCGCCCGAACGGACCGAGACUACAUGCAAGAGGAAUUGCUGAAGCAAGGGGUCAAGCCCAUCGUCAGAGCACUCGAACUUGGCGACGCAUUAUGGGUAGCAAAAUGCCACGAUCCCCACUUCCUUCAGAGGGCCGGGGCUGAGGGCGAUGAAGUAGUCCUUGACUGGAUUGUUGAGCGAAAGCGGCUAGACGAUCUCAUCGGCAGUAUCAAAGAUGGCCGUUUUCAUGAGCAAAAGUUUCGACUGAAGAGAUCUGGCGUCAAGAACGUGGUCUACCUGAUCGAGCAGUUUGCUCUGGACGAUUUGAACAAAAAUAGAUACGCGGAAGCGGUUGAAUCAGCCAUAGCGUCGACCCAAGUCGUCAACGGCUAUUUCGUGAAGAGGACGGAGAAGAUGGACGAAUCAAUUCGGUACCUCGUGCGUCUGACCACAAAGCUGAAGAAGCAAUACGAGGCCAAACCGUUAUACAUCAUCCCGACGGAACACAUCACAGCCCAGAACUACCUCCCGCUUCUAAAGCACCUGCGGGAAAAAGAACCAACCACGGGCCAUUAUAUCAGCUAUCCUGCUUUUUCUUCGCUUGCAUCAAAAUCCGAGAUGAUGACGCUACGAGAUCUGUUUCUCAAAUUUCUGAUGUGCACGAGAGGCGUCACUGGUGAGAAGGCUCUUCAAAUCCAGAAGAUAUGGAAGACUCCAAAUCAGUUCAUCAAGGCCUUUGAGAACUGCGGUGCCGGAGAGGAGAGCAAGAAGAGAAAACGCGAGCUGGUAUCAAGCCAAAUGGGAAACAUGGUAGGAAGGAAAAAGAUUACGAAGCCGUUGAGCAGCAAGAUUGCCGAAGGCUGGGGAGAUGUGGCAUCCUGA